AUGGCUGCCACCGAUGUGACACUCAGGACGUUUUUCCAGUCUCCCAAGUAUGCCGUCGUGGGAGCUAGUGCCAACCAGGAGAAGUACGGGUACAAAGUCUUCAAAUGGUACCUCAACCACAACCUCCCCGUCACCCCCAUCAACCCCUCCGGCAAGCCCAUUCCCGUCGACGGUGAGGACCACCCCGUUGUCACCUCGCUCAAAGAGAUCGAGAAGCCAGAGGAGACCUCGGUUUCGUUCAUCACCCCCCCUGCUGUUACCCUUGCCAGUUUGAAAGAGGCAAAGGAGCUCGGCUUCCCGAGUGUGUUUUUGCAGCCGGGCACUUUUAACAAUGAGGUGCUGGCUUUUGCGAAGAACAACUUUAGGGCUGUGGUUGCGGGGGAUGGGGGUUGGGGAGGGGAGGGGUGGUGUGUGCUUGUUGAUGGGGAGAGGGGGUUGAAGGCUGUGGGGAAGUUGUGA